AGCCGAGUCGGUGACUGGCGCUGGAGCCGGAGUGUGAAGGCUCGUGGGCAGAGGCAAACUUUUCUACUCGGCGUCAGGUGCUGCCGACCGGUUGCCGGGGUGGUGGGGGGGGCUACGUUCAAGUGGCCUGGAUGUUAAUUGUUCUUCUUUUAAUGAAAACCUCCGCAGAUGCUAUUUCUUCCUUCCCCCACCACCAGCACCACCACCUCCACCCCCUCCUUUCUGCUGCCAAUGAAACCGUGAAAGGCAGACAGAAGUUAUAGAUCAUGUGAAAUGAACUCUCGUUGCUCUGGUUCAAAAGAGUAAGAGCUGGAAAGGAUAGAGGGAGAGAGAGAGGGAAACCCUGCUCUGACAGAGCUGCUGCAGCGGAUACAUUUGUUACCAGCCCUUAGCCUGUAGAGUUCCCACUCACCAACCAGCUCUGCGUUUGCCUCCGUCCAGUCGAAGAUGCUUUGCCAACGUGUACAUCGGUGUAACAAGGCUGAAGACCGAAUGGUGCAUUUCGCGGUGUAACAAACAGUCUGCCUAUAUUUUGCUCUUUUUAUUUACCCUCCCCUCCCCUCCCCUCGGGAUCAGCCGGGACCCCGGGGUGACAAGUCAAGAUUCCGACUGUGUCCAGCACUCACUCACUCAUCACCAUCCCGAGUGAAUGCCAAGCAGCACUCGGGCAGCUCCUUCUGGGCACGGAUUUUUUUUUUCUUCUUUGGUGGACAUUAUCGUAAAGAGUUGGGCUUUGGAACGGCGGGGAGGGUAAAGGGGGGAGAAAAAGAACUGAAAGAGAAAAAAAAAUGUCAACCCCUACCAGGUAUAAGAAAGAUAAAGAGAUCAUAAGCGAAUACGAAACACAAGUGAAAGAAAUCCGCGCUCAGUUAGUCGAGCAGCUGAAAUGCUUGGAGCAGCAGACGGAGAUGAGGGUUCAACUCCUCCAGGAUCUCCAGGAUUUCUUUCGCAAGAAGUCUGAAAUCGAAAUGGAGUAUUCCCGGAACUUGGAGAAAUUGGCCGAAAGAUUCAUGGCGAAAACCCGCAGCACAAAGGACCAUCAGCAGUACAAGAAGGACCAGAAUCUUCUGUCCCCAGUAAAUUGCUGGUAUUUGCUGUUGAACCAGGUCAGGAGAGAAAGCAAAGAUCAUGCAACUUUGAGUGACAUUUAUCUGAACAAUGUUAUCAUGCGUUUCAUGCAAAUCAGCGAGGACUCGACCAGACUCUUCAAAAAGAGCAAAGAGAUCGGGUUCCAGCUGCACGAAGAUCUAAUGAAGGUUCUCAAUGAGCUGUACACGGUCAUGAAGACUUACCACAUGUAUCACACCGAAAGCAUCAGCGCAGAGAGUAAACUGAAGGAGGCUGAGAAACAGGAGGAGAAGCAGAUCGGGAGAGACCCUGUCUUCAGCAUCCGGCUGGAAGAGAAGCACCAGAGGCGAAGCUCGGUGAAGAAGAUUGAGAAAAUGAAGGAGAAGCGUCAAGCCAAGUACUCUGAAAAUAAGCUGAAGUCCAUCAAGGCACGAAACGAGUACCUGUUGACACUGGAAGCGAGCAAUAAUUCUGUUUUCAAGUAUUACAUCCAUGACCUCUCCGAUGUAAUUGAUUGCUGUGACCUGGGGUAUCAUGCUAGCCUAAACAGAGCCCUGAGGACAUUCCUGUCCGCUGAAUACAACCUGGAGACAUCCAGGCAUGAGGGUCUGGACAUCAUAGAGAACGCUGUCGACAACUUGGACCCUCGUAGCGACAAGCAGCGGUUUAUGGAGAUGUACCACACAGCCUUCUGCCCACCGGUGAAAUUUGACUUCCAGCCACACAUGGGUGAUGAGGUGUGCCAGGUUAGUGCUCAGCAACCCGUGCAGGCUGAGUUAAUGCUCAGAUAUCAACAGCUGCAGUCCAGGCUGACAACGCUGAAGAUUGAAAAUGAGGAGGUUAAAAAGACGAUGGAAGCAACUCUGCAGACGAUACAAGACAUGGUAACCAUCGAGGAUUAUGACGUCUCAGAGUGUUUCCAGCACAGCCGGUCAACAGAGUCUGUCAAAUCCACGGUGUCGGAGACCUACUUGAGCAAACCCAGCAUCGCGAAGAGACGAGCCAAUCAGCAGGAGACGGAGCAGUUCUAUUUCAUGAAAUUUAAGGAAUACCUCGAGGGCAGCAAUCUUAUCAUGAAGCUGCAAGCAAAGCACGACUUGUUACUCCGGACCCUGGGAGAAGGGCAGAAAAGUGACUUCAUGACCACAAGGCCUCCAAAUGUGCCCCCUAAACCUCAGAAAGCCAGGAAAUCCAGGCCCCGUUCAGAAUGUAAUGCUAAGUUAUUUAAUGGGGAUUUGGAAACGUUCGUCAAGGACUCUGGACAAGCCAUUCCUUUGAUUGUGGAAAGUUGUGUUCGAUUUAUCAACCUAUAUGGUCUUCAGCAUCAGGGGAUCUUCCGAGUGCCCGGAUCGCAGGCUGAAGUCAACGAUAUUAAAAAUUCAUUUGAGCGAGGUGAAGAUCCUUUAGCAGAUGAUCAGGACAACCAUGAUAUUAACUCAGUUGCUGGAGUUCUGAAGCUCUACUUCAGAGGACUGGAAAACCCACUCUUUCCUAAGGAAAGAUUUAAUGAGCUCAUUCCUUGUGUCCGAAUAGAGAGUCUAUAUGAGAGAGCUCUCCACCUCCGCAAGAUUCUCCUGACCCUUCCACAGUCUGUGAUUAUUGUGAUGAGAUACCUCUUUGCCUUUUUAAACCACCUCUCUCAAUAUAACGACGAGAACAUGAUGGAUCCUUACAAUCUGGCGAUCUGCUUCGGCCCAACCCUGAUGCCUGUUCCCGAUUCGCAAGAUCAAGUCUCGUGCCAGGCCCACGUGAACGAGUUGAUUAAAACCAUCAUCAUCCACAAUGAGUUGAUUUUCCCCGAUUGUAAAGACCUGGAAGGACCCGUGUACGAAAAGUGCAUGGCCGGUGAUGACUAUUGUGAUAGCCCUUACAGUGAACAUGGCACACUGGAGGACGUCGAUCUAGAUGCUGGCACUGAGACACACACCAGUGAAGAUGAAGGUGAACCCAUUGAAGCAAUAGCCAAAUUUGAUUAUGCUGGACGGUCUGCUCGGGAGCUGUCGUUUAAGAAAGGAGCUUCACUACUUCUCUAUCACAGAGCCUCUGAGGACUGGUGGGAGGGGAGGCACAAUGGGAUUGAUGGGCUAGUUCCCCAUCAGUACAUAGUGGUGCAGGACACGGAUGAUACCUUUUCUGACACUCUGAGCCAGAAGGCUGACAGCGAAACCAGCAGCGGACCACCAGCCGAAGACAAGUUGUCCUCCAAAAAUGACAUCAGCUCACCAACUGAUCGAAUCCCAGAUGUAUAUGCAGCAAGACAGAAGAGGAGGCCAGAACCGCCAGCAGCCCGACGCCCAUUGAGAGCCAACGAUGGGCACUGUGCAGUGCACCCGGUCCAUGGCUUAGUAAGUAGCUCAGGGGACGGUGGCCCCUUGAUCACGCCCUCCCACGCCAGCUCCCGCCUUUUCCUCCAGACUCGCAGUGUGCCGGUCGACAGUCCGGAGAGGCGUCGCCGAGGCGGCCUUGGCAGCCUAUCCAACCUAAGCCGCCAUGAGGCUCUCAAAAAGAUUGAGAGUCCGCCAAUCAGAAGGUCUACGUCCUCCGGUCAAUACACCAACUUCAGUGAUCAUAAACCUCUAGACCCUGAAACAAUCGCCCAGGACAUUGAAGAGACGAUGAACACCGCGUUGAAUGAGUUGCGGGAGCUGGAGCGCCAGAGCACGGCGAAGCAUGCGCCCGACGUGGUCCUGGACACCCUAGAGCAGAAGAAGAGCUCACCGGCCCCCUUUGCCCCCUCGGAGUCGAGGAGCCCGCACCACUCGGUGGUGCUGAAGAGUGUUGACCCUUCCAUUCGACGGAGCACCAGCUCUUCCAGUGACCCUAUGAGCACCUUCAAGCCCGUUCUGUCGCCCCGAAUGGGUUUGCAGCUCAAACCCCCUGCCCUGAGGCCUAAGCCUGUGGUUCUCCCCAAGACCAACCCCAGUGUGGGACCACCUCCCACUGUCCAAGGCUCCACAGAUAAAUCCUGCACCAUGUAACGAAGCUGAUGUAACUUGAAAUCAUCUUUGGAUAAAUGUGGGUGACAAAGGACAUGGAUAAGAAUAUUGAUAUUUUAACAUUUAUAAUUGGAGAUGUAUUCUUUCAGUGUUAGAAUAUAUGUCUCGGUAGUAAAUUAACAAGGGCAUUUGAUUUCCAUUUCAAGCUGGACUGUUUAUAUGUGGAACUUACACCAAUGUUAACUAGACUUGAAAAUUAUGCUGCAACAGUUGACUUUUUUUAAAAUAAAGAAAGUUAGCAAAAAAUGAAAAGACUUCCCACCUUCUCGAAAGAACGUUUAUUUAAACAAGAUGGGGGAAAUUGUGAUAGCUUUUUGUUUUUGCCUGGAACUGAUAGGGAGGAAAUUCCACAUCAGUUUUACAACUUAUUGAAGAGCAGCCACAACAUGGCUGAAUGCUUUGCUAUUGUUAAUUACUUCUUCCUUUUUUUUUUGUUGUGUUGUUCUGUUUAACAUUCCUUCGGCCUUAUUGCCAGAUUUGCAUUAUGAAAGCACUGCUUUGAACAUGAAUGAAAGCGCCAAAAGGAAAACCACUCAUUAAGCUUCUGCCACCUCUCCUCAUUAGACGGUUAUUUAUAAUAUAUUAAAAAAAAUAUCCUGUGUCCACAUCCUCGGCUUUCCGUGUACUUCAGCCUUCUCCAAAGCUGCAUGCGGUGUUGAUUGAAACACUAAGAUCAAGGAUGCCAGUAAAGCUAAAUAUUCUCAGUUUACUUUUAGAACUUGGGGGCCCCCUGUGGUGAAGGGCAAAGUUAAUAUCAGCCUCGUCUCUUCCUAACACUUCAUCAAUUCACACAUGCCUAUGCACCCCCCCCCCCCACAUUAAGUCAUUUUCUUUAAUGAACCAUGUCUGACAUGUGAACACCGUUGUUUUGAGGACACUUAGUUGACAUGCUUCUCGUUCCCUUUUGCUCUAGAGCUACAAUUAGGUUUUGUUUAGUACUCAGUCUGUCUGAUUUCCACCCAGCUCCCCCUGCCCUGAGCAUCAUCUGCUAUUUCUGGCAAAUUUGAGACACUCAGAAGUUGCCUGGAGUUCCUUGUCCGUUGUUACUGACCUUCUCUAACCUUUUUCUCCCCUGCCACCCCCUUCCCCUCCCCCACACCUCGCCAGCAGCACCUUCUCCACCAGGGAACUGUGCCUCAAAAUGAGUCAGCGUCUUGGUAGAAGGGGAGAAAAUUGGGAGGGGCGUAAUGAAGCACUAACAUUACCACCAAAAUAUGUCCUUCAGUUUGUAACUUGCAUAUUGGGAAAUGGAGUCUAAGGUUAAGGCAUGCAGUUAAGGAAAUUCCACUUGGGGGAAAAAAAACAGCCAUUUUGUGAGCCAAUGUUUGCCAUGUUGUUCUCGCUGGACCUCCACACGGCAAUUAUUUUGAGUGAUUAGUCACACUUGGCCAACAGUUCCAUCCAGAUACAUUUGAAAGAACUUUACGGACCUUGGCCUGAGCUACCCUUCAGUGGGCCCUCAUUGUCUCUUCUGAUGCACUGCCAGUGUGUUGUAGGUUAGCCACAGUUGGUGGAAUUGAGGCAGUUAGAUUGUCCUUUAAGGUAGAUCAUUAUUGGUUGGAUGCCAGGGCGUUAACUUGACUUUGGUCAUUGGUGUUAAAUGGGUGAAGUUGGAUCAGCCAAUGUUACACAUGAAUUUCCAUGGAAUUGAAAAUUGGGGGCGAUGUCUAAUGGCCGACCUAUUCAAUAUCAUUCAUUUUGCAUAUUGGCCAGAGUCAAAUUGCCCCAUAUUUCAAAUGACCUCUUCUCCCUGCCACAGGAGAGAGGCCUACUUCCAGUUUCCCACUAGGGUACAAUAUUUAGUUUCUUUGCUUUUGUUUAUAUAUAAAUUCUCAUGUUUACAUAGACACAAAAGAGUUCCUUGGUUUACAUUUGACUAACAUUUCCUGUUCUUCUUCUACCCCACCUUCUACAACGGUAUUGGAUUCUUCCAGUAUGACUUGUUUAACUCGCUCCAGUACCACCAGUAGUUUUAAGCACAUUCUAAGAAGCUGUUUAUCAAGGAGAGUAAUGAGAGGAGGGUAAACUCUUCAAAACGUCUCUGGCCAGCCAUGGUAAAACUGAAAAUAAUACCUGAAUAUUUUUUUAAAUGCAUGUUGCGGGCAAAACCAUGCAUGUUACUACUCUUUUUAUUUCAUUUGGAUGGGUUUUUUCCCCCUUGAUAUUUGGAACAUUCCUGUUUCAAUAAGGAUGGCUGCCACAUAUUAAAGUUGGAAUAACUGUUUCAGGCCCCAUCACAAGCCCCACACUUGCUGACCAUAGACCAGAUCCCUUCAAACAACAGGAAUCUUGUCUAAAGAUUGCCCAAUAAUCCUGAUCUUUUCCUUCCAUAUACUAGUUUUAACAUUCUUAAAUGUGUCAUUUGUAAAUCUUUUCGGCAUUCGUUGAAACCUAGAGGAAAAUAUCAGGUCAAAUGUUUAUGGCAUCGGGUCGUACUGGGGAAGAUGUGGGUUGACAGAGCCCAAGUUAUAUUAAAUGGGAUGAUGUGCUUCUUCUCUAGCCUGCCUUGGGAUUAAUGUGGUGAGUCGUGCACUCACUACCGUGAGGAUGUGUCACUCCUCACCCUUUGCAAUUACAAAACAUUGCCACAGGCCAAAUUCUAUCUGCAACUUAACAGCUGUUAAUUAUGCCCAAAAUAGCAAGUUUUAAAAAAAAUUUUGUUAAUACCCCGAUGCUUUUUGUCCCCAUGGUGCCCAUUUCUUUCUUCCUGGCGCUGUGCUGCCCGAGGUGUUGCCUGGUGACCUCCACCUUCUUUGCCACUAUAGGUUUCAGGCCAACUCUUGGGCAAACGAUUAAAGUCCCCACAUCAUUGUUUAUGCAUGGCUCAGGCUCAAUGUGCUUCGCUCUGCCAGGGUAGCAUGGGUCACAAGCACAGAUUUGCCCACCCAUGGAGGGGAGAGUGGGGGUGGGGGGGUGUUGCUCCUCUGCAUCUAACCCCAGAUCCCUUUCAAAGCAUUUCCGGGGCAUGCCAAUAUCUCCGUUUCCGUCACUGCCAUCGCAAUCCCAACCGGUUACAUAUGAGAAGGCUGGCUCAUUAGCUUUGCUUGCUCUUUCCCAGUUGGGGCUGGAGGGUGUGAAAUGCCCCAUCAAGCCUCUCCUCUGUGCUUCUCUCUGAUCUGGCUUGAGACUGGACUACGACCCUUGGGAAUCACCAAAGCAUUGUCAGCGUUCUACCACCCUGUGGCACAGUGCGCUGGCACAUUAAUCCAAUAGUGCCAGUCUGUCUAUUCAAUCCUUUCAAAGUACUGCCUAUUCUUUUACUCCUUUACAAGAACAACCUCAAAGACUACGAGUCAUUAAAAGCUAUGUACAUUCAAUCCGCAGUUACUGAUCUAGAUGUUUAACUUAUGAUGCACAUUCAUUUUUGUCUGCCAUUGAUUUAACUGACUAAAUUUAGUACUUUUUGAAACUUUUUACAGUUUCCACCUUGUGUGGUCUUUGAAAGAAGGUGAUUGUACUUUUAAGGAACAUGUAGUAUAGAGUUUACUUAAAUUAAUUUAAAAACAAAAUGUACAUCAGCCAAAAUGGAUACUGCAACUUUGUACUGCUCCCAGGAUUUGUAUAUUCAAAUAAUAAUUAUACUGGAUUGCAAGAUAUGCUCCUAGUGGACCCAAUUUAGCAAAAACAAUAACAGAAAUGAUCAAUUUGAUGAAUGUUUUCUAGGUGCAAUCAUGGGAAAUAUGUAGUCCAAGGCUAGGCUUCUUUAAACUGCAGUUUAAGUGGAUUUGUAACAGAUUGAUAACAGCUACAGACACACUGAAUGGUAACUACCACUUACCACGGACCUGACAAACUCUGUACCCUUUACUGCCAUUUUAGUUACAGAUAACUUCCUAAUUGUCGGUCGUUGCCCUAUUGUGUCAAUGUACAUCUGUAGUAUGUACAUGUGGAAGUGCCUUUAAACUCUUAGAGGAACUCGAGCCUUGUUCUGUACUGUUGCAUUUCCAUUUUCACUCGUUGAACAACUCUGUAGUUUUGGAAAAAGAAGAUGCAGUUCGUUGACAAUGUACUGUUAAUCAGUUGUGACAAUGCACUUUUGUGUAUAGUACUGUACAUCUGGCAUGUAGCAUUACCAAUUUCAGUAUAUCUUCUGGUUUGUUCUAGAUGUAUCUUUCUAAUAAAGGAAAUUGGUCCAUC